AUGUCUCCUCAAUCAACCCUUUAUCUCACUCAUCAUGUUUUCCUUACGGCGAAGUUGCCCCAAGCAGACGACUUUAGUGUUGAGAACGAGGAGGCUUUGCUUCAGUGUCUUUGUGAUUCUCUCACCAAGUUUCGCGAGCUUGUGCCGAAAGAGAUGAAAAACAUCGUUGAAAUAGCUGCCAAGAUGAUGUAUGAUAUGGCCGACGUUCAUCAGCCUCUGGGCGACACUAUUGCUGUUGAUGAGGGCAAAUUACUCAACAUCCUACAUAAGAUAUCACAAACAGGUAUGUCUUGUCUUCCGAUCUCAGAGAAAUUCGCUAAGGUCACACAAGGACAUGCCAUUCCCAUUCCCCUCAACAUCAGGGCUCAGAAUGCUGGAGUUCUAGUUACCAAGGUCAACGACUCGGUUCAUUUUGAGGCGUUUGAGCUAUCUCCGACCAACGAGGCCGUGAUCACGACUAAAGGUCGUCUUCGUCGAACCUUCCCUGGAGUCGGGUCUGUCAUCGACCUGGAUAAGUUCAACGAGGCAGGUUUUAAGGAGACCCUAGCUGCAACUCUGGCAAAGAUGAGCGCUCAGCCUGCCGUAGCGACUCAACCGCGCGUGAAGAAAGCAGGGCGAUUCCACGACGAGAGUCGCGACACCGCCAGCCCGAAGAUGGUUACUGAGCUUCUAUAUUCCUUCUUACAGGCUUCUGGAAAGUCUCUCGAAGCAGAAAGACUUUCGAAGAACACUCGUGAAGAAGUGAACUGGGCUGAUUGUCUUCUCCCGUGGCGCCGUUCUCCGACAUGGCUUCUUGUUCGCGUUUGCCUGCAGUUGAUGUUCGGUCGAUUGGCUGUCGAAGCAGGCCGCCCCGAAGAUAACCUUUACAAGACAUUCAUGGCUUUCAUGAUGGCUCAAGCUCUCAGUCUUGGGUUACAUCAUGAACUCGACUCGGAUUUGAUUCUUUCAAUGGUCGCAAAACUUUCUAGACGCCUUCUAAAGCUUACAACCGAGCCCGCAUCUGCAGCAGUUGGUCAUGUCCGCCAGAUCAUGUGCCGGGCGAACGAAACUUUGUCAAAGCGGUGGUCCGAUAUUCAAUCCAGAGACGCCCCUGGGUUCAGUGGUGAGCUGGAAAGUCUCAAGACGGUGGACUUUGAAAAGGACUCCGUCAUGCACCUUCCCGAUCUUGACAACUUUCUGGCAUCAUUUGCCAACCGAGAUAUCAAGAAAUCAGGUUCUGACUUUCGUCCCUCAUGGGAGACGCCAACAUACAGUCCAUGCAAUCUGCCAUCAGAUGUGAAAAUACCCGACGAGGAACACUUAACUUUACACCUGGCAAGCUUCGAGACCUGGGUCGACAAAAAUUUACAAACAUGGUUUACAGAACAACCCGAAAGAGAGUUAGAAAACGUGGUCUAUUCGACGCGCAAAAUUCUCGAAAGCUACCACGACGCGGCCAGUUUGUUCUACAAUGGCAAUCCGGAAUUGACGUCCAUCAUGCUGCUGACAAUCUUGGACCUCUGGAUUGUCUGUGACAAAGCCGCGAUACUUUUACACCCAAUGCUCAAGGAUUACGACCCCAAGAUCCCAGUGCGUCUCUUUCAGAAUCUUCUGCUUCCGGAAAAGUGUCAUAUGGAAAGGUUGCAUGCUGCCGAGCAGUAUCUCGCAGAUCGCGUUGGCAAUUGCAAGUCGAGGAGUUGGGCUCCAAACAUCUACACAACCUUUGGGACUUCCACAUGUUUCUCUGCUCGUUAUUUUGAUCAAUCUUCUGAACACAUGAUUCUCAGAGAUAAGAUCGAAGAGGAAGCCCGACAAGAUCGGGAAGCAAAGAAACUGGAACUCACCAGAUUGAAAAGGGAGUACGAUGACCUAAUGAAGAGAUGGAGAGACAGUUCCUGCGAUUAUUAUGAAGGUGUCAACAGGUGGGGACACACCUAUACUCGGCACGACAGGUCUUGCACGCGGUGUCUGCUUCACAACCGUGCCGACAGAAUGAAAAUAGAAAUUCACGAGUGGCCGCUUCCGAGGAACUCUACCGAGAUAAAGUCAACCGUUUUCGAGCUUUUAUUGCCAAAGGCGUUCGGGAACUGGCGCGAAGUCAGUGUCUAUUUUCUGUUUACCGUCCUCAAAGCCAAUUUUGUUUCACCACAGAAGCCCCGUGCAAAAUAUUCGUUGAAACGCUACGACGGCCUCUCUCGCUAUUUCAGCGAAACGGUAAACCGGCAAUACAUUGGGCUCCUGUCACAAGACAAGCCUCAUAUGAAGACGCAUCGCAAAACAGUUUCGGUUGCAACAGCCACUGAGAUCGAAGUCUGCCUUGAUAAUGGGUUGAAUUACGCGUACUUUAUUGAGCACCGGAUGUUUCUCACUUCUUUUGAAUUCGGACAUGUUAUACCAGAAGCCUGCAUGUAUCGCCUGUCAACACAUUCAAAAGCACUCCAGCCGUAUAUUUUCCGUCCGUCAUCUAAGCCCAGCGGCCCUACACCAAAUACCGUCAUAGCCACCGUCCAGAAAUGCCCGGAUGAUAUGCCCGUUGAGGAAUAUAGAGCCCUAGCUUCAAUUCCUCUCGGGUAUAGGCUUCAAUGGAAAAACAUCCUCAUUCAAAUAUUCUCUCCUUCUGUAGAUUUCAGGAAGAGGGAUACGGCUCUUGUAAUUCAGCAGUGCGCUUAUCAAGCUGGACCACCAAGCGACUGCGCAAUUCGAAGCGCUCACAAAAUUUGCCAAGAAGAAGGCUUUGCAUCGAGGAUGUUGGAAGGCCUUUUCGAAGCCAUUCAACGAUUUGAAGAGAAUUGGCAGUCUUUGGCUGCCUUGGGGACUUUCGCCGCUUUAUCCCGGCGUCUGCUUUCACUCACACCUUGCUCUGAGACUCAAAAAGAGUGCCUCCGUUUCUUGUCCAGGGCCAGAAAAGUCUUGUUUCAUUGGGCGCAGACUUUGAAAUGCAGGGCCCAAGGGUCACUUGACGAUAAAGAGAAGCUGGAGUUUCAUCGCAGGGCUCUAGAAGCUUUUCUAAUGUGUGCAGACACGUUCAACGUCGAAGAAGCUUACCAAAAAGCCGUCUUCCUGGAUGACUCAACGAUCUCAGUCUUCAUGCAGUGCUCUAUUGGGAUCCAUGAGGGGUCUCAAACUCUCCUGGCAUCUCUUGAGACGCCUGUUCGACACCUUUAUUCUCGUUGGCAGAGAACUUCACACAUGCAUUGUGGUUUCUUGGCCGGAAAGAUUCUGGCUGAGGGCAGCUCUGCCCUUGACGACACAAUUACCGCGUCGUGGUCUGUCUAUGAACCCAGCCGAAGGUGGAAGAUACAUUCGCAUACACACCAUUCAUGGCUAACAAGCAUUACCGCUUCGAAAACACCCAUGAUGGUGAGUUUCAAUCUUAUCACAGGAGAGCUUCUAGUUGCCGGUGCUCCAUUGGAUCAUCUGCCGCAUCGGUAUCUCACACAUGACUCAUAUCGAUACUUAUUUGGCCGCUUUUCUCUUGAAAUCAUGCCGACCCCGGUCCCAGGAAUGCAAUACUCCUCCAAAAGACGGCAUGCGGAGUACGAUGUUCACUUGGGUCUGGGCCAUGAUUCCAGCAAUUCCGAAGGAGAUCUUUUAGUACAGGCCUCAAAAGGCGACUCGGAUUAUGAAUUGAUUCCUAAGCGAUGCCUAAAAGGAAAUUUACCAACGAGAUUUGUUGACGAAUACGUUCACUGGUGGGACUACAAGAUGAAGUGUGUCGAGUUCCGUGACAUCACUACUCCAUGGAAGCACACGUCGCCGCACUGGAGACUUUCUAAAAACCCAUCUGGAUCCAGCUGGGAGCUUAUGCGUGAUGAUUCUUCCACCUUGGUUAAUAUCCGUAGCCAGUCGGCAAAGCUCAUAUCGGCAAUUUUUCAGCCGCUCGAGGAUCCCUUCUGGCUGCACAUCAUUUACAGGAAAUCGGAAGCAUCGGUCACGGUAGAACUUCCUCGAGCUCAACUUGAAUUCAUUCACACUCCUGGCCACCCGUCAAUCCACCCGAGACAAUUUCGCGGUAUGGUGGUUGACUCAGAUCAAUCUGUUGGAGCACUGAUAGGCUUGAAAGACAAACUGGUCUUGAAAUCAGACCAAUCUGACCAUCCUUGGACUCCUACAUGUCGCAAGGUACUUGUGCUACAGGGCAAAGUAUCCUUUGCAAAGGCAGACGGCCACGUCAAUGUCCACAUCGCAAGGGGUGCUUCAAGAGUGCACGCCUACCAAGUAGACCGCAGACUCGCCAAGCUCCUAAGCAACAAUGACUUGCAGAGUAAUCUUUUCCUCUGCUAUCUGCAUGCUCUUACGUCCUUCGUAAUUCCGGAUCCUCUUACGAAACGGACAGGUACAGAACAAGCAUUGUCUAUACUGAACUCAGCAUCAGUCAGAUCGUUUUCACUCUUGACGCCGGGGAAUGUGGCGCUUCUUAACCAUAUAGCCCAGCUUACGCCUAGUAGAGGUUACUACCCUGCCAACGAGCGAGUCAUGCAGACGGUUGUCUGGUCGUCAAAGUUGAACUUUCUAGCUCAACAUGGCUUCUUCUAUGAGCGAGUUAAAUCAAUCUUUGAACAGGACAAAAAGUCUAGGUUCUUUCACCCGGACUUAUACAUCCAACCACCGACAAUGGACACAAUGGAAUUGGAUCUCCUGAAAAGACACAUGAUUCGUUCGUCAACUUUUCGAGUGUCUGGAUUCGGAGCCGAGAGCUACAGCCUGGAUCAUGAUACUCAAUAUACUGCAAGAGAUCGGAAUGAGUCCUUGCAAAGGUCGCGUUCUUUCGCGAUUGCCCGACUAGCUCUAUCCGCCGAAGAGCCUUUUCUUGUGGAGCCCUUACCCGCGAACAUGGCUUCACAUCUGUGGGAACUUUUGACCAACGGUUCUCCGAUCCUCGGUCCUCAUUGCACUCUCCCUAUCGAUCUCAUUGCCUACCACGCUGGAUUGCUUUUAGAAUUCCCCGAGUUCAUAACCACUCAUUGGAUUGGGCUACAGAGAAAUUUGAGAACCUCGGUCAACAAGUACCAAUCUGCGAUUUGGCUAGCGACACUAGCUUUUGCAAAAAAGCCAGACAUGGCUGUGCUCCAGGUAUUAGCCUUGUUCCGAACGGCCAAGGACGUUGCUAGCGUUUCACCGCCACCAGCAGGAGACAAGUUCAACUUGAGGAGAGGAACCGACUUCAUAGAAACGAAAAUUCGUCAAUGUCUCGAGAACGCCUAUAUGCCUUUUACCGAACGCUUGGAGAUCGAUUUAAAGAGGUUUCAAUGGGAGACGUAUUGGUCUUUUUAUGAAAGACGGAAAGAUUUGUUUGAAACGAAGAGGGCUUCGGCGGUGACUAGUCUCCUCAAUGUUCUUGAGGCCCAGUGGCCCUGCAGCACACCGAAUAUACCACUUACACAUACCGACGCGUCUUUGUGGCACCAGUAUAUCAUCGUUGACAAGAUAGUACCCGAAACCGAAAACGUAUUGACAGAGUGGUAUAAUAACCUUCAGUUCCAGAAAUAUAUCGAACAGAUCACUCGUCAAAUACCAUCUCACAUUGCAACUCAAUACCACCCGAAGACCUUAUUGACGACAAUUGAGCCGACAUAUUCGCACAGACCACGAUUUAUUAGUGAGGACGACAUGUUCAGGCACUCUCCACCGCCUCUAAUCGCUCAUGAGACUUGGAUUCUUGGCUUUGAAUCAUUUCAUAAACGUCAGAAACAAGACUAUCAGUUGCCUGAUUUGCUCUCCAGCCUUUCCACGAAAGCUUCGGGACAAUAUCAAGAGGAAUAUAUUGAAGACCUGACGUCAAGCUUGACUUCUUUGCAGAAACGGCAGGUUACGGACGACUCCAAAAGCCUAUCGCAAGAUUAUACGGAGCAAAAGCUGGCGGAAUAUUUACAAACUUGGAAGACACACACAGAGAAACUCCAGAGCCUCAUUAUAAGCGCUGUUCUCGACCUACAGGCAACUGACUCCGUUGAAAUUUUCGCCGAUAUUUACGACCUCUAUCAACGGCCGAGACUCUCCGCUUCUUGUCUUUUGCAAAGACUGAACCACAUCCAUCGAAAUGUGACACCGGCUGCAUGGUCUGAAUGCUUGAUCCAGUUUGGCACGGCGAUAACCCAACUACAACGCGCGGAACGGAUGAUGGCCUCGCUGGGUGAUACGGCGGCUCUGAUAAAUGAGCUACAGAAUCCAGGGCAUACCAACUGGUUGCCCAAAGAGUUUCCAGACACGCUGCUCUUGGAGAUAGAGAGCGGUAUUAUGGUACGCGAGGUUCAAGAGAGCAUCGCCGACAAAAUGAGGAGUCCGCCCGGUAACGAAAAUGUCGUCAUGCAGCUAAAUAUGGGGGAAGGGAAAUCGUCGGUCAUCGUACAAAUGGUCGUGGCAGCCAUUGCCGACGGAUCUAAUCUUGUUCGAGUCAUUGUUGCGAAGCCCCAGUCGAAACAGAUGUUUCAGAUGAUGGUGUCUAAACUAGGGGGUCUGCUCGACAGGCGCAUAUACCAUAUGCCGUUCUCCAGAGCAGUCAAGAUUGGCCCGUCCGAAGCGGAAGACAUUUAUGCAAUCUUGAAAGACUGCAUGGAUUCAAAAGGAGUUCUUUUGGUUCAGCCAGAACACCUACUCUCUUUUCAGCUGAUGGGCAUUGAGACAGCCACCACAAAGAAAGAAGUGAGUGCUUCUCUGGUGAGGACAAAAGACUUCCUUGACCGUGUGUCUCGCGAUAUUGUAGACGAGAGCGAUGAGAACUUCAGUACCAAGUUUGAGCUCGUGUAUACGAUGGGAACACAACGGCCGGUUGAGCAUAGCCCCGAUCGGUGGAUUUGCAUACACCAAGUCCUCAACGUUGUGAGGAAAUUCCUCCCAGAGAUUCAGAACAACGACCCCAGCUCAGUGGAGAUCGCCACAGGACACGAUGGCUGUUUUCCGAGAACACGAAUAUUGCGGGAAAGCGCCAAACGCAUGCUUCUCGAACUUUUGGCUCGCCAUCUCAGCAAGGUGGGCACAAAAGGGCUUCCUAUGGCUUCCCAGCCAUCGGCGAUACAGCAAGCUGUAUACACCUAUGUAUCCAAGUUUGAUCUUUCUCAUUCCGAAAUCGACGCGGUCGAGAGUUCAAACUUGUGGACUGCCUCAACCAAAAACACACUAUUACUGUUACGAGGCCUCAUUGCAUGCCAGAUCAUCAGUUUUGUUUUCUGUCAGAAACGAUGGAGGGUCGACUACGGACCACACUACAAUCGGGUCCCUAGCACGCGGCUCGCUGUUCCCUACCGAGCCAAGGACAAUCCAAGUGCCCGAUCUGAGUUCAGCCAUCCGGACGUUAUCAUCACUCUGACUUCAUUAAGUUAUUACUAUGGAGGGCUAGACAACUACGAGAUACUCCUCAGCUUCGAACACCUUAUGCUCUCAGACCAAGCCGACACAGAGUACCGAGUUUGGGUACAAGAUAGCGAUCACCUACCCGUCACUUUCCAGCAGCUGUCGGGUAUCAACCUAGAGGAUCUGCAGCAGCGCGAAGAGCAAGUGUUUCCAUGCUUCCGCUAUUCCAAGGCCACAAUUGACUAUUUCCUCGAACACAUUGUGUUUCCCAAGGAGAUGAAAGAGUUUCCGCAUAAACUUUCGGCUUCGGGAUGGGACAUUGGAGCGCGGAAAGGAAACGCAACGACAGGUUUCAGUGGCACGAACGACUCACGAGCUUUCCUCCCACUGAGCGUCAAGCAACUUGAUCUUCCAGACCAAAAGCCAACUAAUGCGCUUGUUCUGGAGUACCUGCUUCAGAAGGAGAACUCGGUGGUUUUGAUGCCUGUGGUUAGAAGCGACACCAAGUCGGACGCCGAGAUUCUGUUGGAAAAGGUCGUUCGGCUGAACCCGCCAGCCCGUGUAAUUCUCGAUGUCGGAGCUCAAAUUCUCGAGCUUGACAAUCUUGGAGUUGCGAAAAAGUGGCUACAGAUGAUUGACGACAGGGAAAAGACGCAAGCCGUCAUCUUCUGCGAUGAAAACGAUCACAUCCGCGUUGUCGACCGCAGAGACCGGAUCGAGAGCUUGCACACGUCUCCUUUCGCCAACCAGACCGAUGUUUGCCUGGUAUUCUUGGAUGAGGCGCACACAAGGGGAACAGACCUCAAACUGCCCGAGAAUUACCGCGCAGCCGUGACACUUGGGGCCAACUUGACCAAAGACAGAUUGGUACAGGCUUGCAUGCGGAUGCGGAAACUCGGAAAGGGCCAGUCUGUGGUUUUCUGUGUCCCGGACGAGAUUCGGAGGAAGAUUGAAGCGCGAAAACAGGAUUCGCACACCCCAAUAACUGUGGCUUGCAUUUUAGAGUGGUCCAUCUCUGAGACUUUCGCGGAUCUCGAGCGAGGCAUAUGGUUGUGGGCGAAUCAAGGCCGCCGAUACCAGCGCAACAACGCUCUCUGGAACGAGGCUCGUACUGAUGGGAAAACUGAGCUUAGCGGUGAACAUGCGGAUAAGUUUCUUGAAGAAGAAGCGCAAAGGAUCGAGAAGAGGUACUCACCACGCAACCGGUUCGACGGUUCUGAAUUCAGCUCGGACGCCGAACACCACGUCGACGAUAUCACCAAGAGGCUACUCCAGUUUGGCGGUCUCAACCCAGAGUCAACGACGUUUCGUGAAGAGCAGGAGCGGGAGUUGUCUCCAGAGGUCGAACAGGAACGUCAAGUAGAGAGGCCUCCUGCCGCAACCCCUGCCACACACAACAUCCAUCCUGAUGUCCGAACAUUUAUCUCUCAAGGCUUUUACCCGCCACAGUCUACAGCCUUUCUCGCCGCCUUUCGAGCGCUUUCUGAUACCAGCGCUGCGAAAUAUUACGACGUGGCCAAGUUCAAUCCCGGUCUGCUGGUUACGCAGGACUUCGCGCGUACCAUUGUCCCAUUGGGCAAAGAUUACACUGCCGACCUGUUUCAGCGAAACGUCCAAUGGAUAUUGGCGAGUUCAACGAGUUCUGGGACUAUAAAAACAGCAAUUAUUAUUAGUCCCUACGAAGCGCAAGAGCUCCUACCCGAUAUACAGAACUCCCAUUGCGUUUCGCUCCAUCUCUACGCUCCUCGUCCGAAUAUAGGGUACCGCGCUCUCGACACCUUGGACCUUUAUACAACGCCAAGGCAGUCUCUGAACAGAGUUCUUCCAGACCUGUUCUUGACCGAGCUGAAUCUGUUCUCGGGCCAGCUCUAUAUGAAGUCAACGAAGGAGUACCUAAACAUUUGUGGCUACUUGGGCUUGAGAUUUCCGGAUCAAGAGAGCUCCGGAUCAGACGGUCUUAGUUAUUCUGCGAAUCUUCCUUCCUCUGAAGCUGCAAGUUUGCAUCAGUUUAUGCGGAUUCUUUUAACCAAGAUACGAAGAAACUGUCAGUCAAUAGACAAGACGCAUCUGGGGAGAAUUUUGGAGUAUAGGGCGCUCGAAGCCUCGGAUUUUAUUGUGUUCUACAUCUCGCGUUAG